UUCCUUGUACACCUUUGGAAGGAUCUCACUAUGACAGGGCAGAGUCUGAAGGCUUUAUCGGAAGCGAAUUUUGAAGACAAUGAGAUCAGCAUCAACGUCGGAGGCUUUAAGAAAAAGAUGAGAUCCAACACAUUAUUAAGGUUUCCUGAGACCAGGCUGGGCAAACUGCUGAGCUGCCACUCAAAGGAGUCGAUACUGGAGCUCUGCGACGACUAUGAUGACACCAAGAAUGAAUUUUAUUUUGACAGGAAUCCCGAGCUCUUUCCUUAUGUGCUACAUUUUUAUAACACCGGCAAGCUCCAUGUGAUGGGUGAACUCUGCGUGUUUUCUUUCAGCCAGGAGAUUGAAUACUGGGGAAUCAAUGAAUUCUUUAUAGACUCCUGCUGCAGUUACAGCUACCACGGGAGGAAAAUGGAGCCAGACCAAGAGAAAUGGGAAGAACAAAGCGACCAGGAAAGUACCACAUCUUCUUUUGAUGAGAUUUUAGCAUUCUACAACGAUGCCUCUAAAUUUGACGAACAACCCUUUGGAAACAUCAGGAGGCAGCUCUGGCUUGCUUUGGAUAACCCUGGGUACUCGGUCUUAAGCCGAAUCUUCAGUGUCCUUUCAAUAGUGGUGGUGCUGGGCUCCAUCGUGACCAUGUGCCUGAACAGCCUCCCAGACUUUCAGAUCAUUGACAGCGACGGGAACCCUGAGGAAGACCCUCGCUUUGAAAUCGUGGAACAUUUUGGUAUUGCAUGGUUCACUUUUGAACUGGUGGCGAGGUUUGCAGUAGCUCCUGACUUUUUAAAAUUUUUCAAGCAUGCCCUGAAUUUGAUCGACCUCAUGUCUAUCCUUCCAUUUUAUAUUACCUUAAUUGUCAACUUGGUGGUGGAAAGUAGUCCAACAUUAGCAAAUUUAGGCAGGGUUGCACAAGUCCUGAGACUCAUGAGGAUCUUUCGCAUCUUAAAGCUUGCCAGACACUCCACAGGUCUCAGGUCUCUUGGAGCCACCCUGAAGUACAGCUACAGAGAGGUGGGGCUUCUUUUACUUUACCUCUCUGUUGGCAUCUCCAUUUUCUCAGUAGUGGCUUACACCAUUGAGAAGGAAGACAAUGAGGGGUUAGCCACCAUCCCAGCUUGUUGGUGGUGGGCUACCGUUAGCAUGACCACAGUUGGCUACGGGGACGUUGUGCCAGGGAGCACUGCCGGCAAGUUGACAGCAUCUGCAUGCAUCCUAGCCGGUAUCCUAGUGGUAGUGCUUCCCAUUACACUGAUUUUCAAUAAAUUCUCCCACUUCUAUAGGCGUCAGAAGCAGUUAGAGAGUGCCAUGAGGAGCUGUGAUUUUGGUGAUGGCAUGAAAGAAGUUCCGUCGGUCAACUUAAGGGACUACUAUGCUUAUAAAGUUAAAUCCCUCAUGGCCAGUCUUACCAAUAUGAGCAGGAGCACUCCCAGUGAGCUGAGCCUGAAUGACUCGCUGCAUUAGUGUACAAGUUUGACAGCAGUUUGCAUGAGAGCUAUCCAGAGCUAUGUUUGUAAAUGUUUUCCUAUUAGUCUUCUUUUUUCCUAGAGGAUCACGUUGCUGACACUGCACUAACUUUGCACUUGAGAAACUAAAGACUGUUUGCACAUUUCCACCCCAUUGCAUAGGUACUGAGUGCUGACUUCUCCAUACACGUGCCCCCAUUGCCAUGACGUCGGUGCUGGCGGUAUAGUGAUGAGCUGUUGCUUUGUGCAUUUCCUCAUCUAGGCAGAGAAACGAACGUACCCCAGUGGAAUAAAAAUUCUUAGCUGUGACAUGAGUAAUGAAAAAA